AUGACACCGGAUGACCGGAAUAACCAGCCCAAUGCAAAACCAACUAAAGAAGAACCAAAUGGUGUAAACAGUUGCCAUGACGUGUGCAAUUGGUCAUCAUGGGGACCAUGGAGUGAUUGUACCAUUUCCUGUGGUGGUGGUGGAUUGCAACAAAGACAAAGACGCUUGUGUUGUUUAAAGGAAUGCGGGGGAUUUGAACGUUGUGCAACACAAUGUCACAUAGAGGACGCAAAUUAUGUUCAGGAGCGUGUAUGUGGAGAAGUGUGUUUAAAUAGUGGAACAUUAAAUCGUGAUAGUUAUUACCGGGCUGUACACCUUGUCCUACGGACGUCAUAUUUGUACUUGAUUCUUCUGUCAGUCAAACAGAAAAACAAUUCCAUUGCUCAGCUAGAAUUUGUAACAAAGUUCGUCGAGAAAGUAAAUAUAAGUACGGACGAAUUCCAGAUUGCUGUUAUAACAUACUCUACUGAAGAAAAAUUAGAAAUCACUUUCAACCAGUCGGUUAGCAAAUCUGUCUUGCAAAGCUUAAUCCAGAAUAUUAGGUUCCGGCCUGGAGCCACAUUUACCAAUAGAGGGUUAAAGUCUGCUAUGGAGGUAGCAAGAAAAAGCGAAAGGCGUAAAGGAAUGGUAACAUUAACGUAUGCAUUUGUUCUAACAGAUGGUAUGUCUAACAAUCGAAAGGAAACAAGAAUAGCUGCGAGGGAAUUGAGAAAUGCUGAGGUUCACGUUGUGGUUAUAGGAAUAGGGAAACAGGUUUCUCAUCAAGAACUUGUCGACAUCGCUUCUCCGGGUGAUGAAUUUAGUCCAUCGUACGUAUUCUCUGUCGGAGAUUUUAAUGCAUUAGACACGUUGCUGAAACAACUUGUACAGGUAACAUGUGACGACUGUAAAUCUGUCAGUCAUUUGUCGGACAUUGUCUUUCUCCUGGACGAAGGCAAUGAAAUGACCGAAGUAGAGUUUCAAAUUUCUUUGGAUGUUAUGACAUCCAUUGUCCAGAGGACUGGGCAUAUUAAUGAACAAAAUGGUCAAAGGGUCGGCCUGGUCCGACUCGGAAACACGUUGAAGAGGGAAAUAGAAUUUUCUAGGAACCUUUCCCAAAGUAAUCUCAUAUUAGCAAUCCAGACAUUGUUCAGACAACCUGCUGUACUUUGUGAAAAAGAUGAACAAUGUACUGUUAAAAAUAUCACAUCAGCAGUCAACAAAACUAUAGACCAUUUCUUUAACUUAAAUGGACGAAGCAAUGCCCGCAAGUUUUUGAUCAUUUUGUCUAAUGGAAAAUUUGAAAACGCUGAGAUCGUCAGAGAGGAAAUGAUAAAAAUAAAAGAAUUGUCAGAUUUUAAAGUAUUCGUGAUUGGUCCAGGAAGUGACGUAAACAUGAAUGGAUUAUUAUCAUUGGCUAAAGAAGCAAAUCACGUGUAUAUCGUGCUUGAAAAUGAUGAUACUUCAAAACUAGAUAUUAUACAAUCCGAGUUUUCUUACAACGUUUGUAAGUAGGUGGGAUUUGAUUUGUGAGAUGCUGAAACAAUGUGUUUUCAUUCUGCACUAUUUCAUCUACUAAUGUUCGACAAUUCAUAAAAUCUAUUCACGUGUAUCAUAAAAGUCUAUAUCAUAAUAUAAAGAUAAUUGUAAAUAUUUUACUUUUUUAUAUGAUUAUACAACUAUUAUCACCAUGCAGAUGUAGAUGAUUUGCUUCAAGUACUUCUGAAAAUUUCUGAAUGUUGAUUUUCAAAACAUCUAAAGCAUCUAAAAAUAGAAAUAACUUUGAACCACUUCUCCUACUGAACUAAUUGAGGAUGAUCACCAAACUUUGUCUGUAGCAUUGUUAUAAGUCUUUUGUCAAAUUUGCUCAUACUAAUUAGAUUGGCCCCUCUUUGGGGCCGCUAAAGUUAAAAAUGGAAUAAACUUUAAUCAUCUUCCUGUACUGAACUAAUUGAUGGAUGAUCACCAAACUUUGUCAGUAGCAUCUUAGGUAGCCUUUUCUCAUUUUGAUCAUAAUAUUAUCUUGAUCGGCUCCUUUAAGGGGCCGCUUAAGUUUAAAAUAAAAAAAACUUAACACGUUUUUGUACUGAGCUCAUUGAUGGAUGAUCACCAAACUUUAUCGGUAGCAUUCAUAGAUGGUCUGUUAUCAAAUUUGUUCAAAUUAAUUUGAUUGGCUUCGGUUAAGGGUCUCUAAAGCUAAAAAUAGAAAAACCUUUUAACCACUUCUCUUGCUGAACUAAUUGAUGGAUGAUCACCAAAAUUUGUCUGUAGCAUUGUUAAGUAGGCUUUUAUCCAAUUUGCUCGUAUUUGUUAUUGGAUCCUUUAAAGGGCUGCUAAAGCUAAUAUUAGAAUAAACUUUAAUCGGCCUUUUGUACUGAACUAAUAGAUCGAUUAUCACCAAAAAUUUUCUGUAGCAUUCCUAGGUAGCAUUUUAUCAAGUUGGCUCCUUUUUGUGGUCGCUAAAGCUAAAAAUAGAAAAGCCUUAACACAUUUUUGUACUAAACUAAUUAAUGGAUGAUCACCAAACUCUGUCUGUUGUAUUCCUAGAUGGUCUGUUGUCACAUUUGUUCAAAUUAAUUUAAUUGGUCCCUUUUAAGGCCUUCAAGGAAUGUAAAAAAAGAAAAUUUAACAUCUUCUUUCACUGAAUUAAUUGAUAUUUAAUAAUAUCCAAAUUUUUGUCCCUAGCUUCAUCUUCUUCUGCUGAAUUAAUUUGUGGAAAAGUUAGAAAUUUGUUCAAAUGAUUAUGCUGCAUUAUGUAAAUAUUAUGUCAUAUUUUGUAUUUUCAGGUUAUGUCAUUGUUAAUUUAUCCUAAUCAAUAACUAGUAUAUAGUUAUAUCUAAUCCUGAUAAAAAGAAAUAAUUUUGAUAAGUCUUUAAGGUUUUCUUGACAACUAGGAAAGGGACAUCUCUUGGUUAGUUAUAACCAAGUUAGUUAUAAGGACUAUUUAUUUUCUAUAUUUUAACAAGUAUUAAAAUAUUCUGGUGAGGAUUUUCUUUGUGUUUUUAUUAUUUACAGUAUGAAUAAUAUGUAUUUUGAGUUUUGAACACAUUCUCGGGGAACUUCUUUUUUGGACGUCUUUCAAUAAGUUUCAGGGAUAUUCUAUCCAUAGAAUAAGGCACGAAUAAAUGCGUUAAAUAUAUUUAGAUAUUGUACUUACUUAAAUCAUUAUUUAUUUGAGAUUUAAUAUUAGAAAUAAGAUAAGUUUACUAUUAAGUAUAUUUUGAUAACAUAGAAGUCAUUUCAAGAUUGAAAAUUACAGAAUUACAUUUAUAGAUUUGACAGAUUAAACCUGAGAAACCUGUUUAGACCUCCUGAACCAAUCCAAAGUUUGUUUCAUUAUUGUAAGGGAAUCAAUGCAAACAAUAAGUCAAUGUUUUAUUGUUUAUUGAUUUCAUUAUGUUCAUAUCACUUUGUUUUGUAUUUAUUUGUUGUAAAUCCUUGUUGUUAUAUUGAAAAUACGCUUUUGUUUGCAAAAUUAUGAUAAUUUAGUAAUUAUGCUAAAUCUUACAUAACCUAUUUAGAGGACAUUCCAUUAUGGACAAUUCUUAUUGGUUGUUGAGAUUUGCAACAUCUUUUGAGUAAUGAAUAGGGAUAAAGAAUCUGUUCUCAACACACUUAGAACAUAUGGAACUUUAAAAGAAAGGAAUUUCUAGGAAUUUUCAGGAAAACAGGUAAAGUUUUUUGGCAUUUUGUUAAUAAAUUCAAUUUAAUUAUUUUCUUUCAUAUCUUUUGGCAUUAUUUAUAUUUAGCAUAAAUUUAGAAACUUAAUUAAUAGGUCAGAUUUUUGGUAACUUGGACUUUGUCAUUUUUAUAUUAAUAAAUAGUCUGAUCGGUGGACCUGUUAGCCUCCCAUUAGCCUGAACUGGUAUUCUCCAGCUGAAUAAGUUAGAAUAACCACUUUCCCUGAUUUUUUUCCAUGCCUUAAUAUAAUUUGUCAUUUUUUUAUUCUUUGUGCUGUUUUAGAAUCAGUUUCAAUCGUUUCUAUUCAGAAUCACAUUUUGCAACAUUUGUUAUCAUGCACUUGUUCAAAGUGAGUGUGCACUGUUUCAUAAUAUCACUUUUCCACCCUGUAUGUAAAUUUGUUUUUUGUUUAAAGAGUUAUCUUGUUUCUUGAGUACAUUUCAUCAAAACAAUCUGUUAUUUUUUCCUCUAUAUAGUUAAAGUUACUUUUCUUUCCUAUUUCUAUUGGAGAGUAAAAUGAUUCAACCUGAAACGUUAACUUUCUAAUCAAGUUGUUUAGUAUAUAUAUGUUAUCUGAAAUAAAUAUCAACUUGUGGCUUCAUCGUGACAAACAGUUUACAUGUAUAUCAAAAUACUAAGAUUAUGUAAUUAUCUAAUGUUUAAGAUGUGUAAAAAAGAAAGUCAUAGCAAAUUUUACC